UUCACUAGCUAAUCUUACCAGUUUACUUGAGUUGGAUGUGUCUGGCAAUGAAAUAAGUGGUGAAAUCCCUCCUACCAUAGGUAAGUUGAGCAACCUCAACUUCCUCUGCCUCUCUCAAAACUGGAUCAAUGGCUCAAUACCUCCAGAGAUAGGAGACCUCAAAAAUCUCAAUCAGUUGGACCUAGAAGGUAACAUGCUUUCUGGUUCAAUACCUACACAGAUUGGGAAUUUGAAUAAUCUCACUGAGUUAGACCUAAGUUAUAAUGAGUUUACUGGUUCAAUACCUUCACAGAUAUGGAAUUUAAGAAAUCUAGAAAGAUUGGAACUAGGAAGUAACUUGCUUUCUGGUUCAAUACCUACACAGAUUGGGACUUUGAGAAAUCUAAGUGAAUUAGACCUAAGUCAUAAUGAGUUUACUGGUUCAAUCCCAGAUUUGGGAUGGCUGACUCUACUUAAUCUUUCGUACAACAAGCUAAGUGGUUCAAUACCUGCACAGAUUGGGAGUUUGAGAAAUCUAAGUGAAUUACACCUAAGUAAUAAUGAGUUUACUGGUUCAAUCCCUAUAGAAAUUGGCGAUUUGGGAUGGCUGACGCUACUUGAUCUUUCGUACAACAAGCUAAGUGGUUCAAUACCUACACAGAUUGGGAGUUUGAGAAAUCUAAGUGAAUUAGACCUAAGUCAUAAUGAGUUUACUGGUUCAAUCCCAGAUUUGGGAUGGCUGACUCUACUUAAUCUUUCGUACAACAAGCUAAGUGGUUCAAUACCUGCACAGAUUGGGAGUUUGAGAAAUCUGAAUGAAUUAGACUUAAGUAAUAAUGAGUUUACUGGUUCAAUCCCUAUAGAAAUUGGAGAUUUGGGACGGCUGACGCUACUUGAUCUUUCGUACAACAAGCUAAGUGGUUCAAUACCUACACAGAUUGGGAAUUUGAGAGAUCUAAAUGAGUUAGACCUAAGUGGAAAUCAGUUUACUGGUUCAAUUCCGAUGGAAAUUGGAGAUUUAGUACUUCUGACGCGACUUUAUCUUGCACACAACAAUCUAAGUGGUUUAAUCCCUACACAGAUGGGGAAACUCCAUUUUGAUUCCUUGGAUUUGGAUAUGAGCUACAAUGAUUUGGAGGGUCCUGUUCCGUAUGAAAUAGCUUUGGAAACUCUUCCAGAAAAAUGGAAUAAUAACAAAGGUUUGUGUAGUAAUUAUUGGAAGCUCCCAUGUAAAAGCAGUGAGAAAAAGAUUGAGAAAAGGCUUAAACUCAAGAUUCCCAUUAUUAUAUCUCUUUCUAGCAUCAUCAUACUUGUUGCAUUUGUAACUGUUAUUGUCAGGUUCCUCUUCAAACAAAAGUCAAUAAAUUCCAUCACUGAUGCAACAAGAACACAAAAAAAUGGAGAUAUAUUUUCCAUAUGGAACUACGACGGGACGAUUGCAUACAGCGACAUCAUGGAAGCUACAGAAGAAUUUGACAUCAAAUAUUGCAUUGGCACUGGAGGUUAUGGGAGUGUUUACGUAGCAAUGCUACCUACAGGAAAAGUAGUAGCUGUGAAAAAGCUUCAUCGCAUAGAAGCUGAAGAGAAAGCCUAUGAGAAUAGCUUUACUAAUGAGAUACAUGUAUUAACAAGAAUACGGCAUCGAAACAUUGUGAAACUUUAUGGAUUUUGCUCCCAUCCAAGGUGUAAUUUUUUAGUUUAUGAAUAUAUAGAAAGAGGAAGCUUAGCUUAUGUUCUGGGAAAUGAAGAAGAAGCUCUGGAAUUGGAUUGGAGGAAACGUAUAAAGGUCAUCAAAGGGAUCGCUCAUGCUUUGUCAUACUUGCAUCAUGAUUGCACACCACCAUUGAUUCAUCGGGACAUAUCGAGCAACAAUGUCUUGUUGGAUGCGGAUCUCGAACCUCAUGUUGCUGACUUUGGAACUUCUAGAUUUCUAAAUCCUAAUUCAUCCAACCGCACUAUACUUGCAGGCACAUAUGGAUAUAUUGCCCCAGAGCUUGCUUAUACAAUGGUUGUGACGGAAAAAUGCGAUGUUUAUAGCUUUGGGGUAUUGACACUAGAGACAAUUAUGGGAAGGCAUCCAGGCGAACUCAUCUCUUCCUUAUCAUCGUUGUCAAGAGAAAAAGAUAUAACACUUGAGGAUGUGUUAGAUCCACGUCUCCCACCACCAGCACAAUUGGUAGCACGAGAUCUGACUUUCUCAAUGAUGCUUGGAAUUGCAUGCUUGCGUAGCAAUCCAAAAUCUCGUCCAUCUAUGCAAUACGUGUCUCUGGAACUAGGAAAUCCUAUGAACCCUGAUUGCAACACUUCCACACAAGUUCAUUGUGGUUAGGCAUUUCAAAAUAAAAUCAAAUCCAUAGAGUUUCAAGUAAGUGGAUCUCACUUUGCUCCGGUGUUUUCUUGCUGUAUUUAAGGUAUUGUUAGUUUCUUUCUUAGAUUGAACCUCUUUUUUUCUUAAUGUAUUCUUAUGUUGAACCUUUAAGCACAUUGUUUCUUGAAUUUAAAUAAAAGUUAUUUAGAAUGGAUUAUGAUUUACUGCAACUAAGUAUGUCAUUAUAAAAUCUUCUUAUACA